AUGCCAUUAAAGUCAAACACUGAGACAGGCAUCCCUUUGCCAUCUCGCAUAGCGCCAUGGCUGUAUAUUGGAAGUUUUAAAGAAGCCAACGCUCCUGCCAAGCUUUUGUCCGAUUUGGGUAUUGUGCAAAUCAUCAAUGUUACACACAAUAUCGAUCAUGUUCACAAUCUCAAAAAAGGCGAGACAACUUUCAAACAUGUUCGCAUUCCGGUAAAAGACGUCAAUACUACUCGAAUUGAUGUACACUUUCAACGAGUGGCCAAUAUAAUACAAGAAUGUAUGCAUUCAACAAAGCGUGCCACAUUACUGCAUUGCUUUGAAGGUGUAUCAAGGAGCGUCACUCUUGGUGUAGCAAGCAUGAUGAUAAUAGACAACGUCACACUACAAGAUGCUAUGGAUAUCAUGCGAGCGGCAAGACCGAUCAUUGAACCAAAUUCUGGAUUUCUACAUCAAUUACAGCAACUCGAUACGCAAUUGUACGGCAAUCCUUCUACUGUGCAUUUCACACCACAACAGCAUAUAGCCCGUUGGACAACAUUUGCAAGUACUCAAGAUGAUAAUAUCGCACUCCCAAUUGAUGCAAAAAUUCGAAGCAGACUUUUCGAGGAAGCUUGUCAAGCUCUACAAGAAACACUGGACGAUUGUAAGACAUUGGAGGAAUGUAUCCGUUAUUGCAUGGAAUUUUUUGCUACUUCAACUGAACAGGAUUUAGUAGCCCGCGAUUCAUUUGCUCAAGUGUUAAUAGGGCUGGACCAAGAGGACAGAACAGCAAAUAGCCAUUUGACAAAGCGGUUGGAGUCCUUAUUGAAAAGUGAAGAUUGGGAAGACUUUUGCUUAGAUGCUCCAUUGGCAGAUAAGUUUGCUCGUCGAAUGAUCAACCAGAUCAGACCUCAAAGCUAG